AAACGGUAUCGGGAAAAAAUAUUGUGCUCCAUUUUUCAAUCGGAUUUUGACCGGGAAAUCCAGCUUAGAAGCACCAUGAACGUGGAGGAAGAGGUACUCAAGAUCCAGAAGAAGCUCGGCAAAAUGACAUCGUCCGACGGGACGGGUCAAGAGCAAGCGCUGGAUUUACUCCGUGAGCUGCAACGUUUAAACAUCGAUCUGGAUAUUCUGACGAAAACCCGCAUUGGGAUGACCGUAAACGAGCUCCGUAAGUGCAGCAAAGACGACGAAGUGAUCAGCCUAGCGAAAACCUUGAUCAAGAGCUGGAAACGUUUUCUGGCUGCCACGCCACCGUCGAAGGAAUCCACAAAGGAAUCGUCGAAAUCAUCGAGCAAAUCGUCUAGCAAGAGUUCUAAUAAAUCCGAUGUUAACAACAGUGGCAAGAAGGAACUGGACAGAGAGAAGGAAGCCAAGAAACCGACGCAGACGAGUUUCCCACCACCAUCCACUACCGAUGCUGUACGCCUUAAGUGCCGAGAAAUGCUAGCCAACGCUUUGCGAGUUGACGGUGAACCUCCGGAGGGUUGCCAAACGCCGGAAGAACUAGCCGAUGAACUGGAAGAUGCUAUCUAUCUUGAGUUCAAAAACACCGAUAUGAAGUACAAAAACCGAGUCCGCUCGCGCGUCGCCAAUUUGAAAGAUCCCAAAAAUCCUAGCCUGAGAAGCAAUUUCAUCAGCGGGGCUAUCACUGCACAGCGCCUUGCCAAAAUGACUCCCGAGGAAAUGGCCAGUGAUGAAAUGAAAACACUACGAGACCGUUUCGUAAAGGAGGCUAUCAACGACGCCCAGUUGGCCACCAAUCAGGGCACUAAAACAGAUCUACUCAAGUGUGGCAAAUGUAAGAAACGCAACUGUACUUACAAUCAGCUACAAACGAGAAGCUCUGACGAACCGAUGACAACGUUUGUGUUGUGCAACGAAUGCGGACAUCGUUGGAAGUUCUGUUAAAUUGCAGUCGCGAAGUUUUCAAAUCUAACUCCUUUGACUUCGAAAAGUUAAGAAACAACAGCUUCUUAGUAAUGGCAACUUGCGUAACGAUUGCCAAGUACAUAAUUGUAAUAUGAAACAAGAGUUUUGCCCGCCAGCUCGCUGGAUUAUAUACUGAAACCUAUUUCUGAAGGACAAUUCUUUGAGUUCAACUUUAACCUUGCAUAUGCUGCACACACUCAAAGAACAAGUCGGACUUUGCUAUCCUUUACUUGGGAACACAAAAGGAUGUACACCAUAAACAUUACAGUUAUUCAGUUUGAAUGGCGAUUUAAUUUUAGAGAGACACCGUAUUCAAAUAGGUUCAAUGCGUGUUGCGCUUCGAACAGCAUUGGCAGAUUAGUUCUGCUGGAGCUAAUAACAUAAUUCAAAUCAAUAGUGGUCCAUUCGACUCCAACAACCUGGAACAAUUCGAUAAGUAAAACUAAUUUAAGCCUGCCUAGUGUGUAAUGAAAUA